GGGGGGCAGACAGCUGGGCAUGGGGGGCUGGAGCAUAGCCUCAUGCUCCUCUCACCCCCUGCCCCUCCCCCCACUCUUCAGCUACCUGUUGCUCGGAGCCGGAAGGGGCCCCCCCUAGAAUCCACCGCUCCUGCAGCAUGGCGCAGCAACGCGGGGUGAACAGCCUGCGUUUCAACCAGGACCAGAGCUGUUUCUGCUGUGCGAUGGAGUCCGGGGUGCGAAUCUACAAUGUGGAGCCGCUCAUGGAGAAAGGGCACCUGGAUCACGAGCAGGUGGGCAGCGUGGCCCUGGUUGAGAUGCUGCAUCGAUCCAACCUCUUGGCCAUUGUAGGGGGAGGAGGGAACCCCAAAUUCUCAGAGAUCUCAGUGCUGAUUUGGGACGACGCCCGCGAGGGGAAAGGUGGCAAAGACAAGCUGGUUCUGGAAUUCACCUUCACCAAACCUGCCCUGGCCGUGCGCAUGAGACACGACAAGAUCAUCAUUGUGCUGAGGAACCGUAUUUACGUUUAUUCCUUCCCGGAGAACCCCACCAAGCUCUUCGAGUUCGACACGCGGGACAACCCCAAAGGGCUCUGCGAUCUCUGUCCCAGUCUGGAGAAACAGCUGCUGGUGUUCCCUGGGCACAAGUGUGGCAGCCUGCAGCUGGUGGACCUGUCGAGCACCCAGCCGGGCACCUCGUCGGCACCGUUCACCAUCAACGCCCACCAGGGCGAGAUCGCCUGCGUCUCCCUCAACCAGCCGGGCACGGUGGUGGCGUCGGCUUCCCGCCAGGGCACCCUCAUCCGCCUCUUCGACACCCAGAGCAAGGAGAAGCUGGUGGAGCUGCGCCGGGGCACGGACCCCGCCACCCUGUACUGGUGAGAGCCCCGGCACUGCCCCCUCCCCCGGGCACGGACCCCCCUGGGCACGGACCCUGCCACCCUUUACCCCCCGCUGCUCCCUGAUGCGUCUCUCCCCAGGCUGGCGCGCGUGGGCAAGGUGGGCCCGGUGAUCGGCCAGUACGUGGACUCGCAGUGGAGUCUGGCCAGCUUCACGGUGCCAGCGGAGUCGGCCUGCGUCUGUGCCUUCGGCCGCAGCUCCGCCAAGACCGUCAACUCCGUCAUUGCAAUCUGCGUGGACGGCACCUUCCACAAAUACGUCUUCACGCCCGACGGCAACUGCAACCGCGAGGCCUUUGAUGUCUACCUGGACAUCUGCGACGACGACGACUUCUGAGGCCCCUGGGGCCGCCCCCCACGCCCGAGGCGCUGUUCAUGGACUUCUAGCUAUGGGAACAUUAAACUCCGGCUGUGAGAUCCACCACCCCUCCCGCUCUCACCUGGCACUGAGAUGCAGCCACCUCUGGGGUGGGGCAACAGCUGUACAUAACACUGCACUGGAAGGGCUCACGCUGCACGGAGCUGCAGCUCAGUUUGAAACAGCUGGGGCAUGUUGGGAAUUGAAUCCAGACCCCCUGCUUUCACACCCAACUGCCUGGAAGGGAAAAAGCCUGGCUUUUACCCUCUACUGCUCCUCCCUUUGCCUAGUGGCACAGACUCACCCCACCCUCAGUCGCAUUGUAAUACACUGUAAAUUCCCCCCCCUCGUUCACCGCUUGUGUAUGGUUAUGAUAUUUUGUACAAAGUA